GAAAAAUAAGGCCCAUCUCCCAUUUCGACCAUUUCAGAUUCCCAUCCAUAGCUUCGAUGCUUCAAUUUCCACCAUUUCAUAUUCUUUGCUUUCUCCGGUGCGCCUGCAGGUAACUCAGUAAGGCUCUGAAACCCCAGAUCUCCGUCACCGGACGGAAUUCGAACACGCUGCUAGAAUAAUACACUGAAGCUGGUGAAAUGGCUGACAACAGUAAGUCAACCGAAAACCAUAACCAAAGUUCUGAUGAUAAUUUAGCUCCGGAGAAUGGUAACGAGGUUUGCAUUGAUUCCUUGGCACGAAAAGUCCAAGAAUCUCUCUCGCUCGCAAAGAGACAUAAGUUUUGGGAGACUCAACCUGUGGGCCAGUUUAAAGAUCUUGGGGAUACAAGCUUGCCUGAAGGCCCUAUUGAACCUGCAACUCCCUUAUCAGAAGUUAAGCAGGAGCCUUACAACCUUCCAAGUCCAUAUGAGUGGACCACCUGUGAUAUGGACUCGGAGGAGAUGUGCAAUGAGGUCUAUGUUCUCCUAACAAACAACUAUGUUGAGGAUGAUGAAAACAUGUUUAGGUUCAAUUACUCAAAAGAAUUUCUUAGAUGGGCACUUCGCCCUCCAGGUUACUACAGGAGCUGGCACAUUGGAGUCAGAGUGAAGACCUCAAAAAAGUUGGUUGCUUUUAUUACAGGGGUACCUGCAAGGAUACGUGUCCGAGAUGCUGUUGUGAUCAUGGCAGAGAUCAAUUUUCUGUGUGUUCAUAAGAAGCUUAGAUCAAAAAGACUUGCUCCCGUCAUGAUAAAAGAGGUCACAAGGAGGGUUCAUAUGGAGAAUAUUUGGCAAGCUGCUUAUACAGCUGGGGUGGUCCUUCCAACACCUGUAUCAACCUGUCAAUAUUGGCAUAGAUCUCUGAAUCCAAAGAAGCUAAUUGAUGUCGGGUUUUCCAGGCUUGGUGCAAGGAUGACAAUGAGUCGUACAAUAAAGCUGUAUAAGUUACCUGAUCAGACUGUCACAUCUGGGUUCAGGAAGAUGGAGCCCCAUGAUGUUCCUGCAGUUACUCGAUUGCUUAGGAAUUACUUGAAGCAGUUUGUGGUUGCACCUGACUUCGAUGAAAAUGAUGUGGAACACUGGCUACUGCCGAAGGAAGGUGUUAUUGACAGUUACCUGGUUGAAAGUCCUCAGACUCAUGAAAUCACCGACUUCUGCAGUUUCUACACACUCCCUUCAUCAAUUCUUGGUAACCAGAAUCAUACCACUCUAAAAGCUGCUUAUUCGUAUUACAAUGUCUCUACAAAGACUCCAUUUAUUCAGUUGAUGAAUGAUGCCCUUAUUGUGGCAAAGCAGAAGGAUUUUGAUGUUUUCAAUGCCCUAGAUGUUAUGCAGAAUGAUAGUUUCUUGAAGGAACUGAAGUUUGGCCCCGGUGAUGGGAAACUCCACUACUAUCUCUACAAUUAUCGUACAAAGCAUGUUUUAAGAUCAUCAGAGCUUGGGCUUGUACUCUUGUAGUUGGAUCUCGCGAAACUGCUUGUUACUGGGGACAGAGAAGCAUUUUUGGUAAUUUUAUUUCUAUGUGAAACUCUCUAUUUUGCUCUAUCUGUCUCGUAGCCCUCUCAAUUGGACUUUGUAAUUCCUGAUCUUCCCUGUUUCAUUGUAACUAUGGAUAAGUACUAAUUCAACUCUUUUUCUGGGUAAACUAUCUCUGUACGUCCUUCCUAAAUCCAUUACUUGCUUGAUUGACGUUGUCAUUAAUAAAGCAGAUAUACCUCCUUCAGUAA